GCUUAUGUGAAGAAGAAAACCCCCCGAAGAACGGUUGGUUUGAGCGUGUGUUGCCGAUGCUAUAAAGCCAUCUCAGUUGUUCGGUGAAGUGCAGAGCACUACAGGGGCUACACUAGAGAGUACCGAGCAGAGCAUAUGGAGAUGAUCGCCGGCGACGUCCACGCCCACGGCUACGGCUGGGCCGGGGUGUGGUCGGCGGUGGCCAGCCUCAUCUUCCUCUGGUCCAUGGUGCAGCAGUACCUCCCCCGCCAGCUCGAGGACUACUUCAUCGCCCUCUCCCGCCGCUUACAAUCGGCCGUUUCACCAUAUGUCACCAUCUCCAUCGACGAGCACGUCCCCGCCUCCUUCGGCCGCAGCGAGGCCUACCUCGCCGUCGAGGCCUACCUCAGCGCCACCUGCGUCUCGGGCGCCCGCCGCCUCCGCGCCGACCUCGCCGCCGACAGCGACCGCAUGAGCGUCGCCGUGGACGACCACGAGGAGGUCGUCGACGAGUUCCGCGGCGCCAAGCUCUGGUGGCGCAAGAACAAGUCGCUCCCCCGUGGCAACGUCAUCAGCUGGUCCGCCCACGAGGAGGAGCGCCGCACCUACUGCCUCACCUUCCACCACCGCCACCGCGGCCUCGUCGACGCUGCCUACCUGCCGCACGUCCUCGCCGAGGGCCGCGCGGCCACCGUCAGGAACCGCCAGCGCCGCCUCUUCACCAACAACCCCAGCAGCGACUGGUCCGGCUACGAGGCUCGCGUCUGGAGCCACGUCAAGCUGGAGCACCCCUCCACCUUCGCCACGCUCGGCAUGGACCCGGACAGAAAGCGGGACAUCAUCGACGACCUCGAGAUGUUCCGCGACGGCAAGGACUACUACGCCUCCGUCGGCAAGGCGUGGAAGCGCGGUUACCUGCUGUUCGGGCCCCCCGGCACCGGCAAGUCCACCAUGAUCGCCGCCAUGGCCAAGUACCUGGACUACGAUGUGUACGACCUCGAGCUGACGUCGGUGAAGAACAACACCGAGCUACGGCGGCUCUUCAUAGAGACCAAGGGCAAGUCCAUCAUCGUCGUCGAGGACAUCGACUGCUCCAUCGAUCUCACCGGCAAGCGCAAGAAGAAGAAGAAGAAAGCGAGCAAGAAGAAGAAGGAGGAGGGCGGCGACAAAAAGAAGAAGACCCCACCGGCGCCCGGCGCUGGCAAGGACGAAGAGAACAAGGUGACGCUGUCGGGGUUGCUCAAUUUCAUCGACGGGCUGUGGUCGGCGUGUGGCGGCGAGCGGAUCAUCGUGUUCACCACCAACCACAAGGAGAAGCUGGACCCGGCGCUGAUCCGGCGGGGCAGGAUGGACGUGCACAUCGAGAUGUCAUACUGCUGCUUCGAGUCCUUCAAAGUGCUCGCCAAGAACUACCUGCACGUCGCCGACCACGAGCUCUUCCAUGAAAUCCAACAACUUCUUGGGGAGGUCAACAUGACCCCGGCCGACGUGGCCGAGAACCUGAUGCCCAAGUCCAAAAAGAAAGAUGUGGACACCGGUCUGGCCAGGCUGGUUAAAGCGCUCAAGGAAGCAAAGGAGGAAACGUUGGCCAAAGCACUGGCCGAGGCAGAGCAGGAAGAAGGAACGGAAGAUGACGAGGACGAGGAAGACGACAACAGCUCGAGUGAAGAGGAGGAAAAUGGUAGUAACAAUGAAGAAGAGUAGUUUUAUGUACUCCUAGUAUCAUAAAGAGUUAAUGGUAUGAAGGCAAUACGAACUUGUACUCGUAAAAGGACAUCGUCGAUGUUGACGGUAAUGAUAUUUAGGGGAACAUCAGCUGUGAAGAGGA